AGGUUGCUGAGCAAGCGCAAAAUCCAAGAACUGGUUCAGGAGCUGGACGGGGCUGAAGUGUUAGAAGGCGAUGUUGAAGAUCUGCUCUUGGAGAUUGCCGACGAAUUCAUUGAGAGCGCAACAACAUUUGCUUGCAGACUGGCAAAACAUCGCAAAGGAGACCGAGUCGAAGUGAGGGAUGUGCAGCUGCAUCUCGAGCGCAAUUGGAACCUAAGGUGA